UACCGAGAAGCCAUCCUGGAAAUGUAUCCCCAGCUGCUCAUCCUCUGCGUCAGGCAAGUGCAGUAUGUGAUGGAUCUGCACUUGCCAGAGCCCUACAUGGCCAGCGAGAUAUCCAGCCCCGAGGAGGGAUCCAGCUGCCUCAGCCCCCUAAGCAGUGGAGGCUGUGAAGACUCUUUUCUCCAUGCCCGGCUACUGGAAGGAAUUUGCCAUCAUCCAGUUUCAGCAGGGCUGGGACACGAUAGCCUCCCGAUAUUACUACUCACAGGGUGUUGGCCUGAUUGCAAGAGCCAUGAUCGAGUGUGAGAACCCUCAGCUCCCUGCAGUUUUCAGAGAGGCACUCACCAUCGUCCAGAGUGAGAGGGAGGAGGAGCAGAGAACAAUCGCCAUGGCUUUCUGUAUUGAGUUUCUCCAGAGUCCUUCCAUUGAGACAGUGCUGACAAAAUCAGAGCUCCGGGCGCAGCUCAUGGAAUGGAGCAAAGACACAAAUCCCGUCAUACGUAAGCUCAGUCUGCGAGGCCUUGGCAGUAUUGUGUUCCAGCCAGAAAAGGUGAGAUGGUUACAGGCCCAGCUGCCAGGAACCGUGGCCAGGUUUUGUGACCGGGAUGGAGGGUGUGUCAAGGAGGCCAUGCAGAAAGCUGGAGACAUCAUCUACCUCCUCAAGAGGGAGGGGCUUGGCUCCAUCUCCCAGGACAUUGCAGUCAGCCUUCGCCCCUUCAUUGAUGACGAGAGGGGCAGUGUGCGCUCAGCUGCCAUUUCACUGCUUGGCAACGUGGUGAGCAGGGUGCAGGACCCGGACAAACCCCUCGUGCAGCAGGAAAUCAUCCACUGCUUGCUCCCGCUGCUGCUGCAUCUUGCAGACCAGGAGGAGAGUGUGACACUGCGAUGUAAACUGACGCUCUUCCGCUGCGCAGUGUUUCUCGGCUGGGCUCAUUUGAAGAGGCUGUUCCGCAGCAUGGCCUGGGAUGGCUCCUCACAGCUCUUGAAGAGUGUCGGGAAGUGCUUGAUGCAGAACAACAAGAGCCACAUCCCCAAAUUCCUGUUCCAGGCCCUAGAGUACCUGGAAAGCUCCCAGACAACAAUACGACACUCUGCAGCCUUGUUCAUUGGAAAUACUAUCCGCCAUUACUACAAUUUGUUGUCUGAAACAGUGAAUGAAGAUGGCAUCUCCCGCCUGUAUGAAGCUUUUCAGGAAGUGCCUUUGAAAUCUGACAGGACCACGUGGGACAUCCUCAACAGACAUUAUAAAUGGUUGCAGAAGCUUGUAAAUCUCGUGUCGGGUUCUGCGUUUGACUAGGGAACCGGGACCGACACAGAAGAGCUCUUUGUCCUGCUAUGACAUCUGGAGGCCAACAGGAGCCAACUGAGCCCACCACUGAUCCCAUCUCUUGUGAGAUGGCAAAGCAGCUGUUGCAUGGGAAGGAGGAGACAGAAGAGGCCGAGCAGCGUGUGCCGGGGUGUACCAGCCCCACAUAACCCCACAGUCUAGGCGGAGGAAGCCAAGCCCCUCCCCAGCCCUGCUGGACACACUACAACUGGAGCACCAGUGUGAAAGGGAGCAGCUCAGCUCACGCUAGGCAGAGCGCCGAAAAUGGAGGAUGCACAUUGUAGGCUCCAGUCCAGAAGCAGCUGAAGCCCCUGACUGCAGAGCCCCGAGGCGCCGAGACCCAGCCGCACCCCCGGGGGCCUGCAGACAUGCAAGGGAGAUCGGAGUGACUGGGAGUUUCCCACGCCGGGAGCCCAGAGACCCCCAGCCCGUGGCCUAGAGACUUCUCCUCUGAAGUAACGAGGUAAUGGUGAACGAGCCAUUGUCAUGCUGAGUGACGUCAGCAUGUUCUGGUUGGAUUCCCACUGACUCAACGGCAAACACAUUGGCCACGGACAAGGCCCUGGGCUAGGGCAAGGGGGAGUAAGGAGAGUCUGGGUCCCCCUGCCCUGGCUGCCAUCCAUCCUCGGGUGGCUGCCCACGUCCCCAUUGCGCCACUAGACUGCACGGCCCCAAGAGGAGGGGCAGCCAUCUUCUCUCUGAAGUCUCAGCCACACAGCUCUGCACUGAAGGGCAGCCGCACGGACUCUGGCCGUUGGGCCACACAGCCCCGACGGAGAGGGCGGCCGCACGGACUCUGGCCGUUGGGCCACACAGCCCCGAUGGA